AUGUCAAUUGAGAUUGAGUCUUCUGAUGUUAUACGUCUCAUCAUGCAGUACUUGAAGGAAAAUGGUUUGCAUCGAGCAUUAGCCACUUUGCAGGAGGAGACAACUGUAUCAUUGAAUACUGUGGACAGCAUAGAGAGUUUUGUAGCCGAUGUUAACAGUGGACAAUGGGAUACUGUUUUGCAAGCUAUACAGUCCCUGAGAUUGCCAGACAAAACACUGAUUGACCUCUAUGAACAGGUUGUCCUGGAAUUGAUAGAAUUUCGUGAAUUGGGUGCUGCCAGAUCUCUUCUGAGACAGACUGACCCCAUGAUCAUGUUAAAACAAACUCAGCCAGAGAGAUACAUUCAUCUUGAGAAUCUCUUGGCCAGAUGCUAUUUUGACCCUCAUGAGGCAUAUCCAGAUGGAAGCAGCAAGGAGAAAAGAAGAACAGCAAUUGCACAGGCUUUAGCUGGAGAAGUCAGUGUUGUACCUCCAUCUCGUCUUAUGGCACUGUUGGGGCAGGCUUUGAAGUGGCAACAGCACCAAGGUUUGCUUCCUCCUGGUAUGACUAUUGAUUUGUUUAGAGGCAAAGCAGCUGUCAAAGAUGUGGAAGAAGAGAAGUUUCCUACACAGUUAAGCAGAUACAUGAAGUUUGGCCAGAAAUCACAUGUGGAAUGCGCUCAAUUUUCUCCAGAUGGCCAGUAUUUGGUCACUGGCUCAGUUGAUGGAUUCAUUGAAGUAUGGAACUUUACAACUGGAAAGAUUAGGAAAGAUCUCCAGUACCAGGCACAAGACAAUUUUAUGAUGAUGGAUGAUGCCAUACUAUGUAUGUGUUUCAGCAGAGAUACAGAAAUGUUAGCAACUGGGGCCCAAGGUGGAAAAAUUAAGGUAUGGAAGAUACAGAGUGGACAGUGUUUAAGGAGAUUUGAAAGGGCACACAGUAAAGGUGUCACCUGCGUAAGCUUCUCCAAGGAUAGCAGUCAGAUCCUCAGUGCAUCCUUUGACAAGACAAUCAGAAUUCAUGGCUUAAAAUCUGGGAAAACCUUGAAGGAAUUUCGUGGUCACUCUUCAUUUGUUAAUGAAGCUACUUUUACUCAAGAUGGACAUCAUAUAAUCAGUGCAUCAUCUGAUGGCACUGUGAAGAUUUGGAAUAUGAAGACCACCGAGUGUUCAAAUACUUUCAAAUCUCUUGGCAGCACUGCAGGGACAGACAUCACUGUCAACAGUGUCAUCCUUCUUCCUAAAAAUCCAGAGCACUUUGUUGUGUGUAACAGGUCCAAUACAGUGGUCAUCAUGAACAUGCAGGGACAGAUUGUCAGGAGUUUCAGCUCUGGGAAGAGAGAAGGUGGUGACUUCCUCUGCUGUGCCCUCUCACCACGUGGUGAAUGGAUCUACUGUGUGGGUGAAGAUUUUGUUCUGUAUUGUUUCAGCACAGUAACUGGCAAACUGGAACGAACAUUGACAGUUCACGAAAAGGAUGUCAUUGGCAUUGCUCAUCAUCCCCAUCAGAACCUGAUUGCUACCUACAGCGAAGAUGGGCUCUUAAAGCUCUGGAAACCCUAAUUUCACAAUU